UGAGAAGGCGCGAUGUUGACAGGGUCCUAAGAUGGCUGCCGGGCGACCGAUUCCUGACAACUCCAGUUAAUGGGACUGCCAGCAGGCUAGACAUCCUUCGCUGGAAUCUGCAGCGCUUAGUUCUGUGCCCGGGAGGGGCUUCUCCCUGUUUUGGGAUUGGAGUGUGGCAUUGCCCCAGAAAGCCUGCAGAAUUCCGGGUUGUGCAGCCAAGCAGGAACGGUGUACCUUUCUAGACCCAUCCUCUUGCAAUCUUGGACCCUAAGAAAAGAUGUGGAGUGGGCUGCUACCUCCUGGCCUAAAUGAAAGUGAUGCUGAGUCAAACUCAGAAGAUGAAGCUAUGUUGGAGAACUCUGGACUUAACUUACAGGAAGAUAAAGAGGAUGAGAGCAUCAGAAAAACAGAAAUCAUAGAUUUCUCAACAGAUGAACCAAAAACUGAAACAGAGUCAAAUGUAAAUGCCUAUGAAGAGUGUCCUUCUGGAAUUCCCAUAGAUAUGUGGAAUAAAUUUCAAGAAUUGCAUAAAAAACAUUCUGAACAGAAAAGCACAACCUCAAGAUUCAGAGGGAAAAGAAGAAAACGCUCCAGAAAAGAUAAACUGAAGAAUGAAAAAGAAUUUCAUAGUGAACCGUCCUCAAAUGAAACCCAUUGGAAAGAGCUUACUCAGUAUUUUGGAGUCAAUGAUAGAUUUGACCCGCCUGUUAAAAGGAAAAAAGUUGAGAAGUCAGGCCUUGAAAAGAGGAUAGACCAGGCUGUGGAGGAGUGGAAUAUUGAGAAGGCUGAGGAACUCAGCAACCAGCUAGCUACUCGAGAGCUUGGUGUAAAAAUUGCCAAAGCAGUUGCCUGCCACAACUUUGUAAAAGCCAAAAAAGAGGUUGAAAAUUCACAGGCUGCCCGAAAAAAGAAGAAACUUGCAUGGGGGUUUGAAGCAAAGAAGAGAUGGGAAACCAAAAGCAACAUGGGAUACAUGUAACUUGCCAGAGUGCUUCAAGACAUUUGUAGACUCAAAUGCUCAAUUUACUGAGAACGUUUUCCUGCCUAUGUUAAUAUGUCAGAAAAUUGAUAGCACUAAAACAAAAAUAAGCAUAAAAUUUGGGAUUUUUAUUAUCAGCUCUUUUCAGUCUUUCUUAAGGACUUUGUCCUAUUGAAGUGAAUAAAAUGAAGCAUUCUGUUACUUAUAUAAGAAAUGUAAGAAAAAAAUAUAGAAAGAAGAGGAUAGGAUUUUGUUUAUUUGUAUGGAUGGACCCUCGGUUUAAAAUCACUUUUGGCGCUUUCCAUUCAUUUGGUUUAGCACAGCCAGUGAGCUUCUCGUACUUUCUUUUUUUUUUUUGAGACAGAGCUUCACUUGCUCUAUCACCCAGGCUAGAGUGCAGUAGCACGAUCUUGGCUCACUGCAACCACUGCCUCCUGGGUUCAAGUGAUUCUCAUGCCUCAGCCUCCGAGUAGCUGGGAUUAUGGGUGAACGCCACCACGCCCGGCUAAUUUUUUUUUUUUUUUUUGUAUUUUUAGUAGAGACAGAGUUUUGCUGUGUUGGUCAGGCUGGUCUUGAACUCCUGGCCUCAUAUGAUUCACCUGCCUCUGCCUCCCAAAGUUCUGGGAUUACAGGCAUGAGCUACCAUGCUGGCCUUGUAUUUUCUUAUCUGUACCAGUGUAACUGCACAUUUACUGGAACUGUGUUUUUAAGAUUGACAGUUGUUUAUAAUGGAUUAGUCAUAAGUGCCAAAAAGUCUCAGUUGAUAUUAUCUUUACAAAUGACUUGACCUUAAUGUUAUAAAAGUAGUUGCUGUUUUUUUUUAUUGGAAGCAGACUUGAUAUUUCAGAAUUGCAUAGUAAAAGCAAUUUACUAAUUUUUGUGUACUUUCAGAUAAACUAUUACAAUAAAGAAAGGGGCAGAAUGUAGUAUUUGGAAGAUGAUUUAAAUUCAGCAACGCCUAAAAAUGUCUUCCUACGUAUUUUUCUCAGCCAUGUCAUUCUUUAAAUUAUGAGAUGGUUCUUAGAAGAGAAAAUGGUGUAAUUGUAUUAAACAGACAAUUAUAACUCAAGAUAAUAUAACUUUGAACCUUCUAA